AUGCCGAAGAUAAUCCCUAGAAGCGAUAUUUUGUUCCUUGGACACAUUCUUACUGGUACGAUGUUUUUUAUCCAGGGUACAUGGUGGGCCAUGAGCGCCUGGCACGCCUACAGCCUUCGACGACACCGAAAGGGUUACUAUGCCCAAGGAGCUUACCUUGUGCUUCCUGGAAUCGGGCCAAGGUGUAUCGAAGGUUUCUUCAAGAUUGCGUGUGGGAUCAUUGGGAUAUUUGCGUUUGGCAAGUUAUUAAUCGCCCAUGGUCUCUUUGAGGACGCGAGGAACGCGCAGCAUAUAACCUUUUUCAUGUCCCUUUUUCUGAGCGGAGUUUUUGAUCUCUUAACUGACCACGGCGCACCCUUGCCUCCAGGAACCGACUACGUCGGUUUGUUGAUGGUCUUUUCUAUUGAAGCGCUACUGUUAUACUUUCAUCUGGAUGGAAGAAACAAGUUGGACGUCCUUUUGCACACGCUAGUUUUCCUCACUGUCGCGUCAGAAGUGGUUUGUAUCGCCAUAGAAAUGGUUCGACGACGAAGCGUUCUCCCAACAUUAGGCAGGACAUUCUUUUUAAUUUUGCAAGGGACCUGGUUCUUGCAGAUCGCCUUCAUCCUGUACAAUCAACUACCCGGUACUCAGCCUUGGGAAGAUACCCACGAGAGCUCGAUGCUUGCGUCCGCUGUAUUCACGUGGCAUGCCAUCGGAGGGAUGCUUUACCUCGGCCUGGUCGGUAUCCUAGUGUCGGUGUGUUCUACGAAACGCAUCGAGUCAAACGAAGCUGGAGUCGUGUACUCCGCCCUGUAG